GUUGUCGUGUGUGAGCGCAGCACAACAAUGCCUCUGGACACUCGCCCAGCAUGCUCAUCCAUACAAUAUAGGAAAGACCGCUGCUCAACCCACGUGGACAGAUAGUCCAGCUGAAUCUCAAAACUUCCAGAACCCGAACCAAGUCCUUAGCGCUACAGCCGACAUCAACUUCCUUUCUUUAAGCAGCGGACGAGAGACAAAUCGACCAAAUGGUCGCCAGUUCAAUCGACUCUAGUUGAAAAGCUAGCGAGGGCAACAUGAGUUGGAGCUUCCUCACUCGUCUGCUUGAGGAGAUCCACAACCACUCCACCUUUGUCGGCAAAGUGUGGCUGACUGUGCUUAUCAUAUUUCGAAUCGUGCUCACAGCCGUCGGAGGGGAGUCCAUCUACUCAGACGAGCAGACCAAGUUCACUUGCAACACCAAGCAGCCGGGCUGUGACAAUGUGUGCUAUGAUGCCUUUGCACCCCUCUCGCACGUACGCUUCUGGGUCUUCCAGAUCAUCAUGAUCUCCACACCCUCCAUCAUGUACAUGGGCUACGCAAUCCACAAGAUUGCUCGCUCGUCUGAGCAGGAGCGGCAGAGGGGGCACAGGAUCCGCAAAAAGAUGCCGGCUCAAUCGAGAUGGAGGGGAAGCCGCAAUCUGGAGGACGUCUUGGAGGGGGAGGAUGAUGACGCCGAGCCGAUGAUCUACGAAGACACACUAGAGGGUCCGGAGAGCAAACCUGAGCUGGUGAGCAGCACUUGCAAAAAUCAGCUAAAGCAUGAUGGUCGCCGAAGAAUCCUUCAAGAGGGGCUGAUGCGGAUCUAUGUUCUUCAGCUCUUGUCACGAGCCAUCUUUGAGAUUGCUUUCCUUGCGGGACAGUACCUCCUGUACGGCUUUCAAGUUAGUCCUUCCUUUGUGUGCAACCGGGUCCCCUGUCCACACCGAGUGGACUGCUUCAUCUCCAGGCCCACUGAAAAAACAAUCUUCCUUCUCAUCAUGUAUGUGGUAAGCUGCCUCUGCCUCAUCUUGAACGUGUGUGAGAUGCUUCACCUGGGAAUCGGCACUUUUCGAGACACACUGCGCCUCAAGAGGAAUCGGGGUCGGCGGAGCUUCGGCUGCCCAUUCUCCCGCAACAUCCCGGCCUCCCCUCCCGGAUACAACCUUGUGAUGAAGACAGACAAGCCCAGCAGGAUGCCGAACAGCCUCAUCACAACCCAUGAGCAGAACAUGGCCAACGUGGCCCAGGAGCAGCAGUGCACGAGCCCAGACGAGAACAUCCCCUCCGACCUGGCGAGCCUUCACCGACACUUGCGCGUGGCCCAAGAGCAACUGGACAUGGCCUUUCAAACGUACCAAACAAAAAACCACCAGCAGACCUCCAGGACCAGCAGUCCAGUGUCUGGGGCAACUAUGGCGGAGCAAAACCGUGUCAACACAGUCCAGGAGAAACAAGGGGCCAGGCCCAAGUCAGCCACAGAGAAGGCUGCCACCAUUGUAAAAAACGGAAAAACUUCGGUCUGGAUCUAGACAUAGUUUGUGUUUUAACAGUGAUAUCUUAACCCUUUCAGGGACAGCGGUUACCACAGUGGACAGCUUAUCAUGUUAUGUUACAGGGUGCAUGAAAGGGUUAAAGACUCUGCACAUGAAGACCUGCGUUACUUUGGACAACAAUCAGACCAUUUAAAGCAGGGGUGUCAAACUCAUUUUUGUCACGGGCCAUACUGUAGUUACGGUUUCC